GAAUUCCUACAUGUCAAGUGUGCGUGUGACGAAGCCUGUGUUCUGCGCCCCAGUUUCCGGUAUCUAACUGGGAAUCUGCUGCUGCUGGUGUGUUAUUUUAUUGAUACUGUACAGGAAGAGAGAAGCGGGACAAGGGUGGUCUGGAGGCAUGACCCUAUCGAGUCACUGAUUGGCGGGUGCUGUGUGUGAGUGGGCGUGCCUGGAGUGUGAAUGAUGUAAAAUGGCCGAUGGAGAAGCUGAUGAAGAAGUCAUUCACCUGGCCACUUUUCAUCGUCAUCGGGGAGAAGAUGGGAAAGCUUGGGGUGGCUUUAUUAAUGCCAUAUCAGAUGACUCUGACGUUGAGCUGUCGUACGUGAAAGAGGAGGAGGAGGAAGAGGAGGAGGAAGAUGAUGAUGAAGUGGUCAUUUUAGAGCCACGGCAGCAUCAGCUGGUGCGUCCAAAUGUGAUCCGUCCGGCAGCUCGUUGGGGAGCAGUUAAACCAGAAGACCCAGGACCCGCUGGACCUCCAGCUGCAUAUAAUGCAGAAGUGUUGGUUGCUGCAGCACCUGAGCCAUUGGUUCCACCUUUAACAGGUGCUGGGCAGGGGGGUGCAGUGCCGAAAGUGGCUAAAGAAGCAGGCCAUGCGGUUGCCCCUGGUCCGAUUUUGCUCCAGCAGCAGCAGCAGCCACUUAGGUUUCAACCAGCCCCAGAGAUCCGCCAGCCAGCCAAUAGAAACGUAGAGGCAGCGGAGAUGGAUGAUGAGAGACCCGGGCCAGCAUUCCCCAGACAGGACCCUGUGAAUGCAGUUUAUACCGCGGAGUAUGACAAGGAUCUCAUAAAGUCACUGGCAGAUGAAACGGCCGAUCUCUUCCCAGGUAUAGAUAAGGCAUUUGUGGAAAACCUUAUACAGAGACGGCAUUUGACAGAUUUAAAUGCAGUCACUUAUUACUUGUUAGAAAAUCCUGAUUAUCCAAAGAACGGGAGACCUCAUGCGCUGAAUCAGUUAAAUAAUCUCUGUGAGAGGCAGCAAAGACGGCAGGAAUUGUUGCUUACAAAUGUGCCUCCACCAGCACAGUGGGGGACCCCCAUUCCACACAGACCUCGAGGCUUGCCACAGGAAGCUCACAGAGAGGGCCCUUUAGGUCCUUACGAAAGGAGAAUCGUCGUGGCACGUCGCCGACUCUCAGAGGACAAUAACAGUAAAGUUCGGCAAUUGUUGACAUUGGCUGGUGCGGUGCCGAAAGGGGCUGUGGCAGCGGGAGAAGUGGGUCAUGUGGGUGCUCCUGGUCCCAUAUUGCAGCAGCAGCCACCAAGGUUUGAACCCGUCCUAGAGGUUAACCCAGGCCCAGAGGCCCGACAGAUGGGCAAUGGAUAUGGCCAGGCAGUGGAGAUAGACGACGAGAGACCUGGGCCUGCUUACCCAGUACAGGAGGCUCUCGAUCCAGAAGCAGGUUAUGCCGUGGGGUACGACAAAGAUCUGAUCACCUCAUUGGCAAAUGAAACGGCCAAUCUCUUUCCUGAUAUAGAGAAAGAGUUUGUAGAAAGCCUUAUUAGGACCCACAAUUUGGCUGAUUUAAAUGCAAUUGGUAACUACUUGUUAGAAAACCCUGACUAUCCAAAGACGAAGGAGCCUCCUACCCUUAAAGCAAGUAUUCUUCUUGAAGCCAGUGAAGACACGCCUAAUAAAGAAGAUUACUUUGACUUUGCCAAGUUGCAACCUGCACACCACCGCACUGUCAUGCAAGCUGCUGAUCUCCUCAUGGCUGAUUUUAAAAUGUUAAGCAGUCAGGACAUCAAAUGGGCUCUGCAUUCCCUCAAAGGACACUAUGCAAUCACACGCAAGGCCUUAACGGAUGCCGUUAAGAAGUGGCGCGAGACAUUCCCUGAAGCUACAAAAAAGCAGAAAAGGCAAAAAGAAACAAGCCAGAUAUAUAUAGAUUUCAAGUUUGAACAUGGUGAUCUUAAAUUAGAGAGGCGCUUGCAUUUUCUGGAAAACAAGAGGAGGCACUGGAGGAUGUAUGACAAAAAAAGCAUUGUUCCACCAUUGCUUAAAGAAAUAAACUUCUAUGAACAGAAAGUGAAGGAAAUGGCUGAGCAUGAAGACUUCUUGUUGGCUCUGCAGAUGAAUGAGGAGCAGUAUCAAAAGGACGGACAGCUGAUCGAGUGCCUCUGCUGUUAUGGCGAGUUUGCCUUUGAAGAGCUCACACAGUGUGCAGAUGGGCAUCUCUUCUGCAAGGAGUGCUUGGUGAAAUACGCUCAAGAGGCCGUCUUUGGUGCAGGAAGGUCAGAGCUGAGCUGCAUGGAUGGGACCUGCCAGUGCUCCUUCCCAACGAGCGAGCUGGAGAAGGUGUUACCAGAGAACGUUCUGUGUAAAUACUACGAGCGACUCGCAGAAGAGGCUGUGGCUGCCACCUGCGCAGACGAGCUUGUUAGAUGCCCCUUCUGUAGUUUCCCGGCUCUCUUGGAUAAAGAAGUGUUUCUUUUCAGCUGUCCGAACGCACGCUGCAGAAAGGAAAGCUGUCGGAAAUGCCAUAUUCUUUGGAAGGACCACAUAGACCUGACUUGUGACCAGGUGGCCGAGAAGGAUGAAAUCCGCAUAAGGGUGUCUUUCGAGGAGAAAAUGACGGCGGCCCGCGUGAGGAAGUGUCACCAGUGUGGCACGGGCCUGGUCAAGUCCGAAGGCUGCAAUCGAAUGUCUUGUCGUUGUGGAGCCCACAUGUGCUACCUCUGCCGAGCCCCCAUUAACGGAUACAACCACUUCUGCCAGCACGCCCGCACCCCCGGCUCCGCCUGCCGGCAGUGCCAGAAGUGUUCGCUUUGGACAGACCCCACACAAGACGAUGAGAGAAUAAUUAAAGAUCUUCAGACAGAAGCAGAAAACGAACUAAGAAAGAAAGAUGCAGAUCAUGCCGUCAAAAGAGUUGGCCCUCCUGCAGACACGACCCCUGCCAAAAUCCCCCGGAGGCAGGAUCCAGUCCCUGGGCUUAACGUCCAGAGACUCGUCCAGCAGCACCCACCGCCGCCACACCUCCUACACCCACAGAUCAUGAUGCCGCACGUCCCCCAUCCGCACCUAAACAUGCCCCUUCACAUCCAGCCUGCGCCUUACGUUCCCCCACUGCCAAACCUGCAGGUAAACUACGAGCUCCCCAACAUGAACCUGGACAUUCAUUUACCGAUGCACUACGGACCCCACCCCCCUUUUUUCAGGCCAAUGUAAAGGUUCAAUACGUGACGUCAUUCCGAUCAGAAGCAGAGAGAAGUAGAAAUCAACAUUCCCUUUACCCCUUCCCCCAGAGUCAAGGGAUUUGGUGCUGGGUUCCUUUGCCUCCUUUCGAAGCUGUUCUCUCAAAGGCAUUCAUGGAGCGAGGGGAUUAAAAUCUCAGCCUUGCACUUGUAUUGAUAAGACUGUUGAGAUCAUCCAAGCCUCUAAAUGUUACACUAAUGUUGCAAAGAAUGUGGGCCAGAUUGCAAUAAUGUAAGCCUGAAGCAAGUUUGGUCAGAAACUUAUCAUUUUGGAGGUGUAUUGCAGCAUAUCAAAAUAACAAGAAGAAUAAAUGGGUUUGGGUUGAAAAAGUCCAAUUUUAUACAGAAGGGUGGUUGCUUGAGUUGACUUUGUAUCUGUUUUGAGGUGUGAAGCAGCCCAAGAAAAGUUACAUUUAAAAAAAAAUAAAAUAAAAAAAUUAAGGAAUACAAACUAUUUAAGGUGAAUCACAGUUGUGAAAUGUGUCAUAUCACAUAAGGAUUUGUCAAAAAAACAAACUUACUUUAUUUAAAUGCGUUUGUUGUUUUGAUGGAGUUUACAUUGGCUUUUUUGCUGUCCUUAUUUUUUUAUUUCUUUGUUAUAUAAUAAUAAUAAUAAUAAUAAUAAUAAUAAUAAUAAUAAUAAUAAUAAUAAUAAUAAUAAUAAUAAUUAUUAUUAUUAUUAUUAUUAUUAUUAUUAUUAUUAAUUAGUCAUUUAGCAGACGUUUUUUUCCAAAGCGACUUAUGGACUAGAGUGUGGACUGUACAUCAACAACUGUAGCAGAGUCCCAAUAGGACCUCAUCGGUUUUACGUCUCAUCCGGAGGACGGAGCGCAAGGAGGUUAAGUGACUUGCUCAGGGUCACACACAGUGAGUCAGUGGCUGAGCCGGGAUUUGAACCAGGAACCUCCUGAUGUUAAGCCCUUUUCUUUAACCACAAUGUACAGUAGCUAUCGGCUGUCCCAGGGGUGGUUUCUUCAUCUAGCAACGGUGCAGAUCAUGAGGAAAUAAUCCGAAGAACUUCAGAGUAGAAUAUCCUAAUGAAAACUCACCAUUUGAGUUUGGAAUGCACCAGUUUGUAUCAUUUGCCGUGCCGCAAGUCUUUUAGUGAAUGCAUGCUGCAGUGAGGGAAAUCGCUCUAAAUGCAUGGUUGUCACAUGAACAAUCACUUGCAAAUCACCCACACUUGAAACCUGCCUGUUCUGAGGAUCAUGAGGAAUAUUCCUAAUUAAAUUUGAUUUGAGGGUCAAUAUUCUGCAGGUCCAGGGAUAACUAAAAAGCAACCCUUGACAAAUUUCAGAGUAGUAUAGUUUAAAGAAAGAUCUGAAUGUCGGUCUGAAAAGAAGACCCAUGGAAAAAUGGUUCUCUUAAUUGUAUUAGCAUUCCGUUUUCAGUUUGUUUUUUUUUUCAAGUUUUUCUCAACCUAUUCUCCAGAAAGACAAUUAUAUUGCAAUGUAAGUUUUGUUUAACUUAAACAGUGUUAAGAAAAGGGGCUUGGGGUGUUAUUCUUUGUACUUUAAGGGACAGACAACACUUGACGGGGAAUUCUUUAGAAUACAAUUAAUUCUUGUAGAAUACAGAAUACUGUUUGCACACUAAAAACGAAACUACGCAGCAGACUUUGAAUAGCAUCUUUGCAGGAUAGAGACGAAAAUUCUGUUAUGUAUUGGCUGAUUACUGUUUAGAUCAAAUGUGUUGUGUAUAAUAAAAUAAAGUGUCACUUUGUUAA